CGUUUGUACUGCGGGCCGGCCGGCGGGCCAUGCUGCUGCGGAGCGUAGUCGGGGGAGGCGGCGGCAUGACCACCGCUGCCCUGAGCCCGGGCCCGCGCCUCCACGCCAACCGGGAUUGGUGCCGAAGGCUUCCUGGAGGCAGCAGCGCUUUUCCUCCGCACCGAGGAUGCGGGACGGACCCCGGGAAAGGGGGCGCCCCAGCGGACUCGGACGGCUCCGGUCAGCCCAGUGAGGCUCCCGCCGAAUCCCCACCCCUGCCGCCUGACCUCCAGCCCCCCACGAACUGCUGCAUGAGGGGCUGCCCCAACUGCGUGUGGGUGGAGUACGCUGACAGGCUGCAGCAGCACUGCGGGGACGGAGGCGCGCGCGCGCUGGCCGCCUUGGAACAGCGCGUGGCCGACGAGGGUCUGCGGGCCUUCCUGCGCGUAGAGAUGCGGCUCCGCGCGGCGCGGGCGCCAGAGCCAUCGGCCCCGGCCCCGGCGCCCCUUCCUAAAGCUAGAACUGGGGGGACUCGCGAAUAAGGGCAGACAAGGUCUAUUCAGCCAUGGCCUAAGGACAAACCAGGUCUGAGCCGGCCAGCUGUGGCGCACCGCCCGCUCCUCACCUGCAGAGGUGGGGAGCUUCAUGAGCUGUGAAACAGGGCUGCAGGUGUCUCGCUGGCUCUCGCCUCCAACUCUCAGUUGUUCUCUGUCCUGUCAAAUAAAGGAAAAAAAAAAAAAAAGGCCGCCAGGAGCAGUGGAUUCCUAGUGCCUGCAUUGAGGGCAAUAAAUAAAAAACAAAGGGCUGCGGAGACAACAUAAUGGUUUUGUAGAAGACUGUCGUGUCUGGAUCCAGGAGGUGGCACACCUGGUUAAGCGCUCACAUUACGGUGUGCAAGGUUCAAGCCCCUGAUCCCCACCUUCGGGGGGAAGCUACAGAACUAGAGAAGCAGGGUUGCAGAUAUCUGUCUCCCUCUCUAUCUCUCCCUUUCAACUUCUCUACCUCUGUCCAAUUAAAAACAAAAAAAGACUUUCAUGCCUGAGGCUCCGAAGUGCCAGCUUCAAUCCCCAGCACCACUAUAAGCCAGGGCUGAACAGUGUUCUGGUAGCUUUCAGUAUCUUUGUCGUUAAAAAAUAUUUUGGGGGAGUCGGGCUGUAGCGCAGCAGGUUAAGUGCAGGUGGCGCAAAGCACAAGACCGGCAUGAGGAUCCCAGUUCGAGCCCUGACUCCCCACCUGCAGGGGAGUCGCUUCACAAGCGGUGAAGCAGGUCUGCAGGUGUCUAUCUUUCUCUCCCCCUCUCUGUCUUCCCCUCCUCUCUCCAUUUCUCUUUGUCCUAUCCAACAAUUACGACAACAAUAAUAACUACAACAAUAA